GCCCCUCCCGCUCGGGGCCCCGCCGGUCCAGGCGCCGGGCGGGGGCAGGGACGAUCAACUUGGGGCGCGGCGCAGCCCCGCUCUCGGGAGAGCACCGAAUCGGAGCUCCGCGGCCGCGGCUAGACCGCAGGAGCCGAGCGCGGCGAGGGCAGGUGGCGAGCGGCGCCCGCGCUGCAGCCCGGGCCUCGGCGAGAGCGCGAAUAUUUUUCAAACGAUUCAAACUUUCGUCCUUUCCCCGCUUCCUGUGGUCGGUCUUGACUGGAACUGCUCUCCCGAUUCCCGCGGGGCGCCCGGUGCGAUUCCUCUCCGGGCUCCUCCGGGCUCAGCUAACUUCUCCCCUCGGCCGAGUCCAGCCCACGCUGCUCGCCCGCUCCGGAGGGCCCGGGCCCGGGCUCCUUCGCCCCUGGGAGGGCGCCCAGCCCGGCCCCCUUGGGUCGGGUCCUCGAGCCCCCAGCACCCGCCGCAGGACUGGAAGCCGCAGAUUAACCGGUACGGAGCCUGGCCUCCCGGCCCCCGUCUCGGAGGGGCGUCCCCCGGGCGCAGAAACGACAAGUUUAUUAGUCGUCGUUGGCCUGUUGGAUCGAAGAACCGCCGCCGAAGAAGGUCCCCGGCGCUCCGUACCCCGAGAGGAGAGCCCUGGGGACCCGGGGAGACUCGGCGGCCGGGCUCCUCGGGCCGGGGCGCUGGCGGCUGCGCGGGGCGUGCGGAGGCACCCGUGGCCGGGCCCGCGCCCCCUGCGUCCUCACCGGGGCCGCGGCUCUGCCGGAGGAGCCAUCCGCGCCGCUGCCGCCGCUGCCGCCGCCGCCUCCUCAGUCUCCGGGUCUCCGUCGCCGCUCCGAGAAGGGGGAGACGCAGGGGGCAUCGCGGGGCCCCGGCGGAUGCGCCCCCCCGCCGCCUCUCGGGCUGCGCGCCUCGCGGGGAUGAAGCACCGGCCGUGAAGAUGGAGGUGACCUGCCUGCUACUUCUGGCGCUGAUCCCCGUGCACUGCCGAGGACAGGGCGUCUACGCUCCAGCCCAGGCCCAGAUCGUCCACGCGGGCCAGGCGUGUGUGGUGAAAGAGGACAACAUCAGCGAGCGCGUCUACACCAUCCGGGAGGGCGACACCCUGGUGCUGCAGUGCCUUGUCACCGGGCACCCUCGGCCCCAGGUGCGGUGGACCAAGACUGCGGGGAGCGCGUCCGACAAGUUCCAGGAGACGUCCGUGUUCAAUGAGACUCUGCGCAUCGAGCGCAUCGCGCGCACGCAGGGCGGACGCUACUACUGCAAAGCCGAGAACGGCGUGGGCGUGCCCGCCAUCAAGUCCAUCCGCGUGGACGUGCAGUACCUGGACGAGCCGGUGCUGACGGUGCACCAGACAGUGAGUGACGUUCGAGGCAACUUCUACCAGGAGAAGACGGUGUUCCUGCGCUGCACCGUCAACUCCAACCCGCCGGCCCGCUUCAUCUGGAAGCGCGGCUCCGACACCCUGUCCCACAGCCAGGACAACGGCGUGGACAUCUAUGAGCCCCUCUACACCCAGGGGGAGACCAAGGUCCUGAAGCUGAAGAACCUUCGGCCCCAGGAUUACGCCAGCUACACCUGCCAGGUGUCUGUACGCAACGUGUGUGGCAUCCCGGACAAGGCCAUCACUUUCCGGCUCACCAACACCACGGCACCACCAGCCCUGAAGCUGUCUGUGAAUGAAACGCUGGUGGUGAACCCUGGGGAGAAUGUGACGGUGCAGUGUCUGCUGACAGGCGGUGAUCCCCUACCCCAGCUGCAGUGGUCCCAUGGGCCGGGCCCGCUGCCCUUGGGGGCUCUGGCCCAGGGUGGCAUCCUCAGCAUCCCUUCAGUGCAGGCCCUGGACUCUGGCUACUACAACUGCACAGCCACCAACAAUGUGGGCAACCCCGCCAAGAAGACGGUCAACCUGCUGGUGCGAUCCAUGAAGAAUGCCACAUUCCAGAUCACCCCAGACGUGAUCAAAGAAAGUGAGAACAUACAGCUGGGCCAGGACCUGAAGCUCUCGUGCCACGUGGAUGCGGUGCCCCAGGAGAAGGUGACCUAUCAGUGGUUCAAGAACGGCAAGCCGGCACGCAUGUCCAAGAGGCUGCUGGUGACCCGGAACGACCCUGAGUUGCCUGCGGUCACAAGCAGCCUAGAGCUCAUUGACCUGCACUUCAGCGACUAUGGCACCUACCUGUGUGUGGCUUCCUUCCCAGGAGCACCUGUACCCGACCUGAGCGUCGAAGUCAACAUCUCCUCUGAGACAGUGCCUCCCACCAUCAGCGUGCCCAAAGGCAGGGCCAUCGUGACCGUGCGCGAGGGCUCGCCUGCCGAGCUGCAGUGCGAGGUGCGGGGCAAGCCCCGGCCGCCCGUGCUCUGGUCCCGCGUGGACAAGGAGGCUGCUCUGCUGCCCUCCGGGCUGCCCGUGGAGGAGACCCCGGACGGGAAGCUGCGGCUGGAGCGCGUGAGCCGCGACAUGAGUGGGACCUACCGCUGCCAGACGGCUCGCUACAAUGGCUUCAACGUGCGCCCCCGCGAGGCCCAGGUGCAGCUGAACGUGCAGCGUGUGGAGAAGGGGCAGCUGCUGGAGUACAUGCUGACCGACCUCCGCGUGCCCCACAGCUACGAGGUCCGCCUCACGCCCUACACCACCUAUGGGGCCGGUGACAUGGCCUCCCGCAUCAUCCACUACACAGAGCCUAUCAACUCUCCCAGUCUGUCAGACAACACCUGCCACUUCGAGGAUGAGAAGAUCUGUGGCUACACCCAGGACCUGACGGACAACUUUGACUGGACUCGGCAGAACGCCCUAACCCAGAACCCCAAGCGCUCUCCCAAUACCGGUCCCCCCACUGACGUCAGCGGCACCCCUGAGGGCUACUACAUGUUCAUUGAGACGUCCAGGCCCCGGGAGCUGGGGGACCGGGCGCGGUUGGUGAGUCCCCUGUACAACGCCAGCGCCAAGUUCUACUGCGUCUCCUUCUUCUACCACAUGUACGGGAAGCACAUCGGUGAGUCAGGAGACUGGGAGUCUGCCCUGCAUGUUGGGCUGGGGAUUAUUUUUGAGGGGGUUCGAGGCUCAGGCUACCUGGGAGAUAUCGCCAUAGAUGAUGUCACACUGAAGAAGGGAGAGUGUCCCCGGAAGCAGAUAGAUCCCAAUAAAGUGGUGGUGAUGCCGGGCAGCGGAGUGCCCCACCAGCCCCGCCCACAGCUCUGGGGGCCCGUGGCCGUCUUCCUCUUGGCGCUGCAGAGAUGAUGAGAGCUGCUCGGCCCCCCGCCCCGCCCCUGGCACACCAAAGUGUCUGCAUCGUACCAAAGACUGACCUCUGCCAGCCGGGGUGCCCGGGGCAGGGGCGGCCCACAGGAGGGGCCUCCGUUGGCUGCGAGGAUGAGCAGAGAACAAGGACAGAGGCCCGCUGAGGCCCUGCAGACGCGCACACUCACGCCCACACUCACACAGAGAUCUAUUAAAGCACAAGUUUCUAUCCGA